UUGAAGUUUGAAGAAUUAUUGUGGAUAAAAACGUUACUUUGAAAAUUCAGAGAAUUUUUGAGAAAAUUUUCAAUUAGUAAAUGCUUGAUUUUCAGAACCUGAGGAUCCGAGUACCUUAAUAUCCAUUUAGAUAUUUUACUGGGUGUAAACAAUCUAGCUACCCCAACCUGAAAUGAAGAUAAUUCUUAUUCCAUUGAGUUAUUAUCUGUACAGGAUCUUUCCAGGAAAGCUACAGAAAAGACUCAACAGAUCGAAUUAAGCAUACUUCGAUUUUAGAACUAAAUUUGCUGCCCCCCACCCAAUCAACAGCUGAGGGCAAAUUAAACUAUCUAUUCCGGAGGGACACCAGAGCCACAUUUUGAAGAUGAAGACCUACGUGUCGUGUAUUGUACUGGUUGUGCUCUGCAGUAGCGCAGUUAAAGCCCUAUCUAAAGACUGGGCCUACUUUUAUUUAAAAACUGCCUGCUCAUUGAUGGGAAAUUCGGGAGGAGUGCAAUAUCCAACUAGUGAUUCCCGCGUGAUUGCGUUCCAGGCAAAAGCAAACAAACGCCUUGUCAAUAUCCCAAGACACCAUGCAGUUAAAUUUGGACAUAUAAUUAUCAACAAAGGCGGCGGGUAUGACAGCAGAACCGGAAAAUUCACAGCCCCCGUUGCUGGUGUAUAUUUCUUUGACUGGACCAUUGUGACAGAUAAUGGCGAUGAAUUCAACACAGACAUCGUAAAAAAUGGUGCUGUAUUUGGAACCAAUCUUUGUCGAGUAAGACUUGUUUCAACAAAUGAAAAGCCUUGCACUGCAACAGCAAGAAUAGAGAUGAAGAGAGGAGAUAAAGUAUGGAUAAGGGUGACGGACAAUGGAAAAGACGCCCACAUGACAAUUUCAACUUUCGGAGGUCACAAGUUGUAAAUGAAAUAGAAAAUUAUUUACCAGAAUAAAGCAUGUAU